GCUAUUGUCCUCACCAGCCCUUCUCACAAGUCGCAAUACGCAAUUUGCAACCAACAUGUCGCAUGGCAAGCAGUUCACUUUGUUCACACACAAAGGUGGCCCCAACGGCUGGAAGGUCGCCAUUGUACUUGAGGAGCUCGGCUUGACCUAUGAAUCCAUUUACCUCGACUUCCAGAAGGGCGACCACAAAGCUCCAGAGCACACUAAGCACAACCCAAACGGCCGUAUCCCGACGAUCAUCGACCACAAGAAUAACGACUUUACUCUCUGGGAGUCCGACGCGAUCAUCGAGUACAUCGUCCAGAAGUACGACACAGAGAAGAAGAUCUCCGCAGCAACAGAGGAGGACCGCUUCAGACAGCUUCAGUGGCUCUUCUUCCAGGCCUCUGGCCAGGGCCCCUACUUCGGCCAGGCGGCCUGGUUUUCGUUCUUCCACCCGGAGAAAAUCGCGAGCGCCCAGGAACGCUAUAAGAACGAGGUCCAGCGUGUGCUUGGCGUCCUUGAGAGUGUGCUCUCCCAGCAGGAGUGGCUCGUCGGCGGCCGGUGCACCGUCUCCGACCUCUCAUUUAUUCCAUGGAACGACUUUGCCCUCAAUGGCUUGCUCGAGGGUGUGGACAUCGCUGAGAAGUUCCCCAGCGUCUCCAAAUGGCACGCGAAGAUGGCAGAGAGGCCCACUGUCCAGAAGGUCCACGCGACUCAGGCUGAACUCAAGAAGUCCUAGAAAUGUUUCUUUGCUACUUGUGGCCUCUUCUGCCAAAUUUAUCAUUGUUUGUCAAGUCUGAUAAUAAAUGCAUCUUAUGUUCGUCG